UCGCUCUCGUCUUGCCCUGCCGCCAGCGCACGCGCUGACCCUCCUCUAGCUCGCCGUCGCCGCACGCACGCAAAAUCAGCCCGCAAAUUACUCCCGCGACUACGCCCUGAUCGCGUCUGUCUAGACCGACCAAUCUCAUCUGGUUCAUUGCACCCAGGAUCGACCGCCCACCCUAUUUCAUGAUCGUCGGUCUUCCGCUUUAGCUCCUUCGCGACAUUUAUACCAGGUCUCUUAAGCCAUCGCCCUGUUUCGCGUCCUACCCGUCUGCCAGCCAACAUGUCCCUCACAUCGUUGCCCGUCGAGCUGCUCGCCGCUGUCUGCGAGCCACUGGCCGCUUGUCCAUCGGCCCUAGCAAGGCUCGCUCUCACUUGCACGUUCGUCCGUCACAGCGCGACGCGGGCUCUGUAUCGCUCCAUCUCCGUCUCGCAUUACGCUCGCAAUCUGCCCCUCGUGCAUACGCUGGCCACCCGUCCAGAUCUUGCAGGAUUGGUACACGAUUUCUCUAUCACCAUUGACGACACCCACCCCGUCUUUCGUGCGUUCUACUCGCAGAUGCGGAUAGCCAUUGGCCAAAUGCCGCAACUUUCGUCGCUCGCGCUACUGGUGGAUGCAGGUGCGAGCUGGACUCUUCCUAUCCACGACCAGCCGCUAUCCCGCCUCGAGCACUUCUCCUGUUCAUUCCCGCUAGACGCGCAUGUCAGCGCGUUCCUCAGACAGACGCCUUCGCUGCGUUCGCUGCAGAUCGCAGAAUCCCCGCGACUCGAAACCCAGGUCCUUCCAGGCACCCACGUGCCACUGCUAGACUCGUACACCGGUCCAGCGGCACUCCUCCCCUACCUUGCUUCGCGCCCUCUCUCGACGAUCCAUCUCACCGGUGACCUGCGAAUCGAGGACGUACCCCAGCCCGCGGGCGCUCCGGAUGUGGGGGAACUGAAUCCCGAGUCUAUUUCGUUCCCGUUUACGGUACCGAAGCAUCCGGCGUGCCAGGGCAAUGUCAACGCGCGGAAGACGCUGCGGGUAUUCAGCGCGAUCACGAGCGCCCCACCCGCUGAAUUGCUGGAGGCGCUGGCUCUGGCCUAUCCAGACAUGGCCUACUUGAGGCUCAUGACAACGAGUGCGUUCUGGGAGGCACCAGACAUGACAUUAUACACUCGCAUCUCCGACACCCUGUCGUCCUUACCCGGCUUGUCGGUCUUCGAGCUCUCAGGAAUGCAUUGGGAAGCACGUCCGAAGUCGAUCAGUCCCUCGGAUUCUAGGGUAGGGGAUCACUCUAUUGCGAAGGAGUGGAUCUCGCCUCCGGUGACACCCCGCGCCCUGGAAGUGCCUGCAGGACACGACAUGGAGGACACGUCUCACAGCCUUGAAUUUGGCGAUUCCUAUUUUGACUGGUCGUACUAGACCGUAAAAGAGGGAGCCGAGAGCAUCUCUCGGUUUAUACCUGGGAAUUCGUACCUAUACCCGGACAGCCCUUGACUCAUGCACUACUCAUGCUUCGCGCCGCUCCACUUCCGCAGCCACAUUUGCUACCUAACUUAUUUACCCUUGCAUUCACGAUCGUCGACUCGUCUUGUGCCCUGCUCGCGUUUCGUGUUUUUAUCCUUCGUAUACCUAAGUAUGCCGAAGCUCGU